AUGACGUCGCUACAAGAUCAAGCAAAUAUUCCAGUAGAAGACAGAUUCAAAAUAGCAAAGGGUUACGAGGAGACAAACAAUGAGGCAAUUAUACUUGAGAAUUUAUGUAAAAGAGGUUAUCAGAGAUUUGAUAAAAAUGAAUCAAUAUCAUUAAAAUUCGUCGAAUUAGGAGUACAAGAGCUGGCUAAGUUGCACGGAAUUUCUUUCGUAAUUGAAAAGAAAAUGCCGAAAUAUUUCAAAGAGAAUAUUGCAGCACUAGAUACCUCGUUCCAUUUCGACGAUGACUGGAAUGAACUGAUGCGAAAAGUUUUCGAAUAUGUAGCUAACUUAUUCGACGAUGAAACGAAAAAGAAAAUAGAACGCUUAGUGCCGAUUUGGUUAGAAAAGGUUCCAAAAUAUCAUAAUGAUAAAACAACUAAAUGUGCUUUGUGUCAUGGCGACUAUAAAAAAAAUAAUGUUAUGUUUCGUGUGAUCAAUGGGGAGCCAGUGGAGUUAAUAAUAAUCGACUACCAGCUAAUAGAAUACGGAAGCCCGAUAAAGGACUUGAUAUUGUUUUUGUAUUUCGGUUCAGACCGAGAGUUCAGGAGAGAACAUAUCGAUAAACUUAAGGAAUUAUAUUUCGAGACAUUAUCAAGAUUCUUACAAUACUUCAAUAUAGACGUAGAAAACAUUCUACCGCGCCAAAAAUUCGAUAAGACUUACAGAGAAUGGUUGGACUACGGAUUGGUGAUGUGUCUUUAUUUUUCAGUAUUCCUGAUUCCAGCUAAUAGUAGUAUUAAUUUGAAGGAUAUGAAUCUUAAAGAUUGCCCUUUUAAUCCCGAUAAAACUGUCGAGAAAAUGAUUCGUGAACUCGUUGAGGAUUUUAUAGAAUGGGGCUAUUUGGAUGCUUGA